AUGGAUUUUUCUAGACGAAUUUUGAAGUGGGUAGUGGAGUUGGGGCAGUUCGACAUUAAGUUUCAACCAAUAACCGCAAUAAAGGCCCAAGCUUUGGUAGACUUUAUGGCCGAGUUCGCACCAGGAAGUCAUCAUGUUUAUCCGAUCGACUUGACCGAGGCAAUCGAAAGAAGGGGAGAGAGGGAAGAAGAAACAGAACGCAACACUGCCAGCAAGGACUCACCCAAAAGUAAAGUCUCGAGACAGUCAGACAGUGAGGAUCAAAGCCCAACGACAGACAAUAACCUGGAAGAAGGCAUUAGCGACGCCUUUGAUCCCAAGACAUUAUCAGAUCCUUCCACUUGCUGGAAGCUAUUCCUCAGAAAGAUGUGGAAACUCUUCAUGGAUAGAGCAUCCAAUAGGCACGGUGCAGGACUCAGCAUAGUCCUCGUCUCAUCGGAUGGCCUAACAAUUGAACAUGCAGUCAACCUUGGCUUCCCAACAUCUAACAACGAGGUAGAGUAUGAAGCAUUGCUAGCAGGUUUGAAAUCAGCACUUCGCAUGAAGGCCACCGAGCUGAUGGUGUAUAGUGACUCCCAGCUGCUAGUCAACCAGAUUUGGGACGACUACGAGGGGUUUUUGUGA